CGACGCUGAUUAGCGGAUCUAAAACCGCCUGGAUGAAAGCCCACUUGUGAUUCGUUCUAGUAGACCAAAGCCCUGGUGGGCUGGAACCAGCCGGACCGCGAGGUGUGAGUAGGCACCCCGGAGGGGGUCCCGGGAAGGGCGAAGAUGACCGGCACGGUGCUGGGAGUGGGGGCCGGCGUGUUCACCUUGGCUCUGCUGUGGGUGCUGGUGCUGCUGCUGUGCAUGCUGCUCUCCAGAGCCCCCGGAGCGGCCAGGUUCUCCGUCCUGUUUGUCUUCCUCGGGGCGCUGAUCAUCACGGCGGUGCUGCUGCUCCUCCCCCGAGCCGGAGAGACCCCAGCCCCGGAGGUCGAAGUGAAGAUCGUGGAUGCCUUCUUCAUCGGUCGCUACGUCCUGCUGGCCUUCCUCACUGCUGUCUUCCUUGGAGGUCUCUUCUUGGUUCUAACCAAUCACAUCCUGGAGCCAAUCUACGCCAAACCGCUGAGGUCCUACUGAGCGCCGUUCACGGAAACCCUCACUCGAUGUUGUCGCUGAGCAGUGCAGCACUGUCCGGGGCCUCGUCUUCACGGCCUUCGUGGCUGAAGGUCAAGGGGACACCGGUUCAUGGCUGAGACAGACUCCUGGCGUCCUGUCUUCCAGACACGUGGUCACAAAAUUGUCUCUUUGGAGGCAGAUUCUGGCCAGCUUAAGAGGGAUACUGCGCUCUUCUCAGCACCUGUACGUCGUGGGCUCCACCUGUUUCGUGAGGGGGCUAGCAACAGUGAGUGGGCUGCUUCGAGGAGGUUUUCAGUCAAGACGCCAGUAAGUGUGGAUUUGGGAAAAAGGAGCACCUGGCUUCUGCUGUCCAAUAAAUGAAAGAAUUUGGUCCUUUUGAUAAUUCA